AUGCACUUCCUCAGCGCCAGCCUCGUCCUCCUCGCUACGGCCGCUCGAUUCGGCCUCGCAGAGCCAGUUCCUCUUCCGCUGGCCCUCCCAGCCGAGGAUGAAACCGCCCACAACCUCACCGCGCGAAGCGACGGAUGGGCCUACUUCUGCGACGACGCAAACUGCAAUACCAACUGCCAAAAAAGGGGGUACUCGCUCAACAACCCGGGUUGUUUUGAGGUGCCCGAAGGGCGUCACAGCAUGUACGCUCAUAAGAGUCACAGUACCUUUCACUACGCGUUGAUUCACUCCCCGAGCGCAAAGUGCCCCUGUGAAAGCAAAAAGGCAUGUCGGAUUCUCGAAUCCUUCAUCAAUCCAUCGAUCACCGGUUCUCCAGGAACAGAGAUUCCCCGCAAAGUGUUACAGAAUGCGAAGGGUCUCGUAAUCUUCACCGCGACAAGAGCCGGGUUCAUGGGAUCCGUGCGAUUCGGAUCGGGGGUGAUGAUCGCGAGACUAGACAACGGAAGCUGGUCGGCACCCUCAGCCAUCGCAACAGCGGGGGUAGGGUUUGGCGGGCUCUUCGGAGUCGAACUGACCGAUUUGGUCUUCAUUCUGAACGACGCCCGCGCCGUCCGCACAUUCUCACAGAUGGGGAGCCUCACCAUAGGCGGGAACAUCUCGGUCGCCACAGGGCCGGUCGGUCGCAGCGCGGAGUUCAGCACCGGCGCCAGCCUCAAGGGCUGUGCAUCCAUGUUUACCUACUGCAAGACCAAGGGCCUGUUGGGUGGUGCCACAGUAGAGGCGGGUAUGAUCUUGGAGCGGAGGGCUGCCAAUCGGAAACUGUAUAACUGCAACAUCACCGCCGACAAAAUUCUUCAAGGAGGGAUUCGACCACCGCCUGAAGUCCAACCGUUGAUGGACGUCUUGUAUUCGGAUGUUUUCUACACAGACCCUCAAAACAAGCCACCCAGAGACCCCCAUAUGCCGCUGUAUGGCUCGAUUGAAGCACCAGGCGCUCCUUCCUUUCCGUCAUCAGAACAACAGGAUCGGGGCCUUUCACCCCAGUCGCCCCAGUCGCCUUUAUCAAACCAACAGCUCCAGUCACCAGCUGCGUCGGAAUUACACGCAUUGAUGGGUUCUAUGCAAUCCAAGAUGGGGAAGCCUUCAUUUCGAGCAGACCUGUUGAAGGCGAGUGUCCCUGGACUGUUUCCCCACCUGACGAACGUCGGCAAGGGCCAAGAUGAUAGCUCCAUAUAUUUCACCUAUACCGCUCCCUCUGAGAAAUAUGGGUUCGAUAUUGAGGUCACGGUGAUCGACAUUGAAGAAUACCCACGAUCGCACACAUACUUUGCUUGUGUGGUUGGCGACGCUGCCCCUUACGCUGUUCUUGAGGCCAUAUUGGACCGACAGCCGUCUUACAACGGGCGGGAGGUGUCGGAUUUCUUGGUUUUCAUCAGUCAGUGCAUCGAGCAUGCCAUCCUGGUUUCGAAAAUGGGGAAUGAUCAUGCGCCACCCGGGUCGCAGAUUCUAAUAGACGAGGAUGAUUCUGAGGACGGUGUAUACGAGACGGAUUCGGAGGGCGGAGAUAUCAUUACUACCAAGGUAGAGCGUGGGUCCGUCAGGAAAGCCCUAAGGCUCGAGCUGCGAGCUGCCAAGGCUGCCGGGUUCAAAGUGGGCUGUCUCGGAGAUGUUGAGGGGGCCGUCAUAAUAAGCAUUGCUUGUCGGGUUUCCAAGCUGGGUAUUUCACCCGAGGCCUUGCACGCGUGGAACGUCCUCGCUUCUGAGUACCUGGUCUUGUUGAUCCGCUACCCGGAGGGGUAUAUGGGGUUUGAGAAAAUGAUGUGCAGCAGUGCAGGUGGUCUUGGACAAGUGCAGUUCCACAUUGGGCUCUGCGAGUUUUACAAACCGAGCCUGCAGGUUGCCCAGGAAGCCUUUCUUGGCCACGAGAUCGGACAAGAUAGCAACUGCAAGCAGCGAAAGCAAAAUGUGGGCCGUUUGCUCAAACCAUUUGUGGCUGGCAAGUCGAUGAAAGACCUCCUCAACUCCCGCUUGGUGGAUAUGAUUAAAUUUCGGCUUGAGUACGGCUACACCUGGACUGGCGUCGAAAAGUUUGUCGACGAUCGUCAGGGAAAGAACCAGAAACUAUCGAAGAAGUCGUAUUUUGCAGCCGACGGUUGGGACGGCUCUGCAUCUCCGCUUCUCUGCGGUGACCAGUGCUCAGGCAAGCCGAAGGUGUCCCAGAUAUCGUUGAUAUUGGUCGCGAUGCAAUACACGCUGCGUCGGUUUGUCAAAUGCCCAGAGUUUUGCUUGACGUGCUACAGCAGGGUCAAUGCUGGAUUUGAAGCUAUCAAGCCAUUCGUCUGCUCCAAGGAACUGUGCAUGUUCCAAUACAUCCAUUUUGACAUGGGGCCCAGCAUCGAGUGGGAGAUUCUUGCACAGCCGUAUGUUGUUGAUCUCCUGAUCAGCUUCUGCUAUUUGAGGGCUGCAGCGGGCAAGCUGUCAGACUUUCCAACCGGGCUUGGCCUCAAAGUGCCCAAGGAGAAACCAACGCAUUAUAACAUAGCAGCGAGCCCAAACGGCAUCCUCGAUCUGACACAUCAGAGACUAACUACGGAUAACAAGAUAGGUGUUAAGCCAGGGGAUUGCUUGGCUCUCGAUCAACACAAUAAAUCCACUCGAACUAUGCACCGCUCGCAUUGUUGUGUCAUUUCCGUGGAUGACACGGGUUUUACAAUUUCAGAGCCGGUGUAUGAAGACACCCAUAGCGGAAAAGCAGGCCUCAAGCUGUCGACCAAGGUCCGAUACGAGCCAUACGACUGCGAUCUGGAUAGCCUGGUCAAGAACAAGAAGCUCGAAGCGAUUCGGGCGCUCAUCAACACAAUUCCCGAUGUCAACUCAAUGAAGUCUUUUAUCUGUUCCAGAGGAGGCAGCGAACGUCCGCUAUCCGAUUGGAAAGAGGCAAUAUCGCCACCUGCGCUGUACGUAUUGAAAUGGAUUGUGGCAUCCAACCUGUCUUGCAUUAUGCUGGACGAAGACACCGAGCACCAAGUUUCGGGCGUGGAUAAGUACCUCCAGUUUCGACUAGCCCAGGGAUCGCCUGACAAGGAAAAGCGGUUUGUGAGAGCCGUCAAAGACAAUACUGUUACGUCGAACCUAAGCCAUCCCACUCUCUUCGCGUGGCACGGAUCACCCGUGGAAAAUUGGCACAGUAUCUUACGCGAGGGCCUUAGAUUCGAUGGGAUUCGUCACGGCCGUGCCUAUGGUAACGGUGUGUAUAUGGCCCAGAAGUUUGAGACAUCGCAGAGCUACUGCACCCAUGAAGUUGCAAUACCCACGGUCCUAGAAGAUAAAACCGGCACGUCUUGGUGCAACAGUGCCCUGGGAAUCCAAAUGGCGGUAUCGUUGAAUGAGGUCGUCAACUCCCCUAAGGCCUUCGUGCACUGUUCGAAAUUCUGCUAUGUGGUUAGCCAACUUGACUGGAUCCAGACCCGCUAUCUCUUCGUUCGAGUGUCCACGUCGCCUCGGAACGAAACCAACAGACAGCCGCCGGCAAUUACCUACAUCCAGGACCCCUUGUAUACCGCGAUCGGCCCAACUGGAGAAGCUAUUUGUGUUCCGAUUUCAGUGACCAGCACGCGUCGCAACACCAACGUUUCCUCAAAAAGGUCCCCCUCGAAUAAAAUAGACAAGAGCCAGAAGCGCAAGAGGCAAGCCAUCAUAGACGAUGGUCACGACAGUGUAACUACCCUGGACGAAGACCGCAGCAUUUUAGCGUCCGACUCCGAGGAUGAAGCUGCCAAGAGGAAAAAGAUGCUCGACGACUCCCUGACCAAGACGGAUUUUCGCCCGGGAACUUUGAAGGAAUCCUCCCUGAGCCUGAUGGCAGCCCCCAAGUACGCGACAUCUACUGCAAACCGCGCCCUCCAACAGCGUCUUCAAGCGACCCUGAAAAGCCAGGACCAAGAACCCCUGCACCUUCGCGGCUGGUACAUCGAUCCCAUCUUGAUUGACAAUGUGUACCAAUGGAUCGCCGAGCUGCACAGUUUCGACCCUUCACUACCGCUCGCAAAGGACAUGAAGGCUCAACGGGUGACGAGCAUUGUGCUGGAGAUCCGCUUCCCACCGCAGUUUCCCAUGUCGCCGCCCUUUGUGCGUGUGGUCCGUCCGCGUUUUGUGAUGUGGAGCGCCGGCGGUGGCGGGCACGUUACCGCGGGUGGCGCCAUGUGCCUUGAGUUGCUCACGGGGUCGGGUUGGCUGGCCGGAUCGUCGAUCGAGAGCAUCCUGAUCCAAGUGCGCAUGGCCUUGACCAACCUGGACCCGGUCCCAGCUCGGCUGGAUAUGCGCUUAGCCAAUGUCGACUAUACCGUGCAGGAGGCGGUGACCGCAUACAAGCGGGUCUGUCUCGCACAUGGGUGGAAGAUCCCCGAUGAUUUGGACAAGGUACAGUGGUAG